AUGCAUAAGCUUGUGUGUCUCUUCCUGCUACCUCUUCUUUUCAUUUCCUGUGAUGCCAAUCAGGCAAGUUAUCUUCAAAAGCUUCUAAAGUCUAGAAGAUCACACAAACUCUCGACUUUGGAUUCUCGGUCGAAAAUCGACGCGGAAAGUGAUUAUGUUCCAGCGUUUGUCGAGCCUCAAGAUGGAUUAAUGCAAGCUGAUAAGAUCACCAAGUUGCCGGGUCAGCCAGAUGGUGUGGACUUUAAUCAGUAUGCCGGAUAUGUCUCGGUGGGCCCAGCGGCCAGGAGAGCACUGUUUUAUUAUUUCGUCGAGUCUCCUGAUAAUUCCUCUGCUAAACCUCUUGUUUUGUGGCUCAAUGGAGGUCCCGGGUGUUCAUCCUUUGGAUAUGGAGCCAUGAAUGAGUUGGGUCCUUUCAGGGUCGGCAGUGACGGCAAAACUCUGUUUCGGAAUUAUGAUGCAUGGAACAAUGUGGCAAACGUGAUUUUCUUGGAGUCGCCAGCCGGGGUCGGUUUCUCAUAUUCAAAAACGACAUCGGAUUAUAGGAGAACGGGCGACAUAAGCACAGCUAACGAUGCUUAUACUUUCCUCAUAAACUGGCUCGAGAGGUUCCCCCACUACAAAAAUCGGGAUUUCUACAUUACGGGAGAAAGUUAUGCGGGCCAUUACGUGCCUCAGCUAGCUCACACCAUAUUGCUCAACAACAAUCAUACAAACCAAACUGUCAUCAGUAUUAAGGGGAUUGCUAUAGGUAAUGCAUACAUAGACGACAAGACCAUGACAGCGGGUACCUUCGACUAUCUCUGGACUCACGCUUUAAACUCGGACGAGACUCAUCGGGAUUUGUUCAAGUUUUGCUAUUUCUCGAACAUGACAACGUAUGAUCAGUGUCUGAAUUCCUCAUAUAAAUCAUCUGAAGAGAUUGGAGGAAUCGACAAUUACAACAUUUAUGCACCAAUUUGCCGGGACCCAACGCUGAAAAACGGCUCAGCUGCCUCUGGUAAUUUCUUUGAUCCCUGCUCCGAUGCAUAUAUCAAGCAUUACUUGAAUACAGCUGAAGUUCAAAGAGCCCUGCAUGUAAACCCCACAAAUUGGAGUGACUGCAGCCCCUUCAAAUGGACAGACUCGCCAAACACUGUUUUGCCGACAAUCAAGAAUCUCAUGGAUAGUGGCUUGAGAGUAUGGCUGUACAGUGGUGAUACAGAUUCGGUUGUUCCGGUUACAGCCACACGGUACGCAAUCAACAGCCUUAAGCUUCUGGUCAGGACUCCUUGGCGCCCAUGGUAUUUCGAGAAUGAGGUUGGAGGAUAUGUGGUUGGGUACAAAGGGUUGGGUUUUGUGACAGUAAGAGGAGCUGGGCAUCUUGUUCCCAACAGCCAGCCCAAGAGGGCUCUUGCCAUGAUCUCAUCCUUUCUUCAUGGGACUUUGCCUCCAUCUUUUUAA